CCCAAAACCCAAAACCCACUUCGCCGCCGCUUCCCUACCCAUCCGUCUCCGUUCAUCCGCCUCGCCGGCCGCCGCCGCCUACCGCUUCCAGCUUACCCUCUUUCCCAUCCGCUGACCCGCCACCGCAGUAACACCACCACGCGUCUCCGCGGCCAGUACAUGCACCAGAGAUGCCGCCUUCUCCGACCGCUCUCCUUCCUCCGCCGCGGCAUCCACUCCUCCCCCUCUUCCCCGCCCGUCGACGCCGGCACCGACGCCACCCUCCUGGGCCGUCUCACCCGCCUCCUCCUCCUCCACCGCUUCCCCGCCGCCGCCCGCCUGCUCUCCUCCAGCCCCCUCACCCCAGCCCUCCUCCACGCCGCCCUCCGCGGGGUCCGCCUCGACCCCGACGCCGCGCUACACAUCUUCCGCCUCUCCCCGUCCCGCCCCUCGCUCCUCGCCCACGCUCAGCUGCUCCACAUCCUCUCCCGCGCCCGCCGCUCCGCCGACGCCCGCGCUCUUCUGGCUUCUCUACUCUCCGCACGGCCUCCAACCCCGCCUCUAUUCCCCCACCUCGUCGAGGUCUACAAAGACUUCUCCUUCUCCGCAGCCUCCUUCGACCUGCUCUUCCGCGCCCUGGCCAACGCCGGCCAGCUCGCCAGCGCCCUCCAGGUGUUGGACGAAAUGCGAAAGCUCGGUUGUCGCCCUACCGUGCGGUCCUGCAACCGCAUGCUCAACAGGUUAGUGCAGGCUGGGGACCUGAGCGCCGCGGUGGCCGUGUUCGAGCAGAUGCGGCACGCUGGGACACUGCCGGACGAGUUCACGGUGGCGAUCAUGGCGAAGGCAUACUGCAGGGACGGGAGGAUGCCACAGGCCGCGGAGUUCGUGGAAGAGAUGGAUAGGAUGGGUGUGGUGGUGAAUCUGGUGGCAUAUCAUGCGGUGAUGGAUGGGUAUUGUGGUGUGGGACGGACUGAGGAUGCGAGAAGGAUGUUGGAGUUGUUAACUAGGAGGGGUUUGUCACCAAAUGUGGUGACAUAUACAUUGCUUGUGAAGGGGUACUGUAAGGAGGGGAGGAUGGAGGAGGCUGAGAGGGUGGUGAGAGAGAUUAGGGAAAAUGAGCAGGUUGUGGUUGACGAGGUUGCCUAUGGUGCGGUGAUCAAUGGCUACUGCCAAAGUGGGAGAAUGGAGGAUGCAGCUAAAGUAAGGAAUGAGAUGAUGGAUGCCGGGUUCCAGGUUAAUUUAUUUGUGUAUAACACAAUGAUUAAUGGAUAUUGCAAGUUGGGGAGAAUGCUGGAAGCACAUAAGGUUUUGCGUGAAAUGGAGGGUGUAGGUUUGAGGCCAGACACAUACAGUUACAAUAGUCUAGUAGAUGGGUACUGCAAAAAGGGUUUGAUGAGCAAGGCUUUUGAAAUCUGUGAUAUGAUGGUAAGGAAUGGAUUCACAGUGAUGACAUUAACAUAUAAUGCACUUUUGAAAGGUUUUUGCUCGCUUGGCUCUAUUGAUGAUGCACUUAGAUUGUGGGUCUUGAUGUUGAAGAGGGGUGUUGCGCCUAAUGAAAUUAGCUGUAGCACCUUGAUUGAUGGUUUCUUCAAGGCAGGUAAGACUGAGCAGGCCUUAAACCUUUGGAAGGAAACCUUAGCAAGGGGAUUAGCAAAAAAGGUGAACACAUUUAACACAGUUAUCAAUGGAUUGUGUAAGAUUGGGAGGAUGCCUGAAGCAGAAGAGCUUCUUGACAGGAUGGAGGAAUGGAGAUGUCCUCCUGAUAGUUUAACUUACCGAACAUUAGUUGAUGGCUAUUGUAAGAUAGGUGACCUGGGUAAAGCUACUCGCGUUAUGAGUGAAAUGGAACAUUUAGGUUUUGCUCCCUCAAUCGAAUUAUUCAAUUCUUUGAUAACUGGACUCUUCAUAGUGAAGCAAUUGGGAAAGGUGAAUGAUAUACUCGCCGAAAUGAGUACAAGGGGACUUUCUCCUAACACAGUCACAUAUGGAGCUCUGAUAGCUGGAUGGUGUAAAGAGGGAGAUCUGCACAAAGCCUGUAACCUGUAUUUUGAAAUGGUUGAGAAAGGCCUGACUCCAAAUAUUUUUAUUUGCAGUGCAUUAGUGAGCUGUUUCUAUAGGAAGGGGAGGGUCGAUGAGGCGAAUUUGGUGUUGCAAAAACUUGUAGAUACUGACAUGGUUCCAGAUAUCAGUGCAACCAGACUUGACAUUGGAAAAGUAGCACAUGUUCUUGGUACUGUUGCUGAUGGAAAUCAUCAUUCUGCAAAAAUCAUGUGGAACAUUGUUAUUUUUGGUCUAUGCAAAUUGGGAAGGAUUGCAGAUGCUAGAAAUUUGUUCACGGAUCUAAAAAGCAAGGGAUUUGUUGCUGAUAAUUUUACUUAUUCUAGCCUCAUCCAUGGUUGUUCUGCUUCAGGGUCUGUUGAUGAAGCUUUUAGUCUGAGAGAUGCUAUGUUAAGUGUUGGCCUCACCCCAGAUAUCGUAACGUACAAUUCUCUCAUAUAUGGCCUCUGCAAAUUUGGGGAGCUAUCAAGGGCAGUUAAUCUUUUCAAUAAGUUGCAGUCAAAGGGUAUACCCCCUAAUGCUAUCACCUAUAAUACACUAAUUGAUAAACAUUGCAAGGAUGGUCAUAUAACUGAAGCCUUUAAGUUAAAACAAAAGAUGAUAGAGGAAGGUAUCCAGCCUACUGUUUUCACCUAUUCUAUACUGAUCCAUGGUCUUUGUACUCAUGGGUAUAUGGAAGAAGCAAUCAAGCUUCUUGACCAAAUGAUUGAGAAUAAUGUAGAUCCAAAUUAUGUUACAUAUUGGACACUGAUUCAAGGUUACAUUAGAUGUGGCAACAUGAAAGAGAUUUCGAAGCUUUACGACGAGAUGCAUAUCCGUGGACUUCUCCCUGCCAAUUUGGCUAGAGAUGUAAAACAAGCAUGUUCUGUUGUAUACAACCAGAAUGGGAAGAUAUGUCAUGAGAAGAUGUACAGCCAGUGCUAACGUUAAAUGCCUACUUUUCUUUUAGAAGAUGCUGAUGACUUAUGGUUUGCAUGAGAAAGAAAAUCAUAAGGCUCAUAACUUGAGAUGAUUGGUAAGUUAUUUUUACCUGGCGUUGUUGUAUAUCACAUCUGUAAUUUUAGCAUAAUUCUGUUAUCAUUGCUCAUAUAUAAAAUAAGGUACUGUUAGAAAUUUGUUGAAAAGGUCUUGCCAGCUUCAGAAUUCAAUGUGAAUGAACAAACUUAACAACUUAAGAUACGCUACACCUUCUGUUUUUCUCUUCAUCCGCUACAUGGUUCCUAUCUUCCUAGAAUAGUGCCCAUCUCUUCUUUUUGCAGUUUUCUUUUGUAUUAUUAUUUUCCAGAUUUUCAGUAGCAUGGAUGCCACCUGUCAGUUCUUUCGUCUAAUUAUUGGUUUUAGUGCUUUUAGUAUGGCUUUCUUAGAGGUCCUAUUUAUACUGAUUAACUAAUUUGAAGAUACAGUUUGUUAAAGGUGAAUCUUAUUCACUAAAUGUUAUUAGGGCAUCAAGAUUCAAGCAGUUCUAGAAGCGCCCGCUUCGUUUGUGGCGCCUUCGGCCACAGAUCCUUCUACUCGGAUCAUCGGUCUACUCUACAUCAAUUCACCAGUGAACAAACAAGCUAACUUGUUCAAUCAAAAAGAUGAAGGUAGCACAUUUUCUUGUGACAAUUAAGAGCCUUUGAAGUGGGUAGAGUGUUCCAGUCAGUUGUGAUGAGAAGCUCUUGGAGUCUCUUUCUUCUUGCACUUGAAUUUUAUGGAAUAGAAUGCAAGAAUAAAACUGCAAUAUUGUGUCCUGAUGGUGUCACACAUGCACAGCUGCGAGAAGAUCAGAAGUUCAAGUAAUACAUAUGAGACAAAUUUAACUUGGCACAAGAUUUCGAGUGUACAAUAGUUAUGUACCAAUGGAUCUGUUACAUUUCAUUAUGUUUCGUGCGACGUACAUGUUGUAAACGGCUCUUGGUGGAUCACUGUCUUUGUUUUGUUGUGAGUAAAUUGGUUCUGGAAGACUAGAUUGAACUAAAGAACUUCAGCUGAGCACUUCAAAAUGAUGCAUCAUGUUGGGAACAAUGACAUUUUUAUUUUAAUGUUUUAUGGAGACAAGUGCCAAAGAAUUAUCAUGAGGAUGCGCAUCAAGAAAUAGUUUGAUGUUGGUCCAUGUCAGAUAAAAUGUCUUGUGUGCCAAGGUGAGUCCACAUGACCCUGAUUUGCCCCUUUGCAUAUCCUCCAAUCCGUGCUACUAUGCCAUGAGCAGUACUACCCCUUGGUGUGGGUAAAGCCAUCACACGCCUCUUGGACUGAAAGCUUGUUCUUGAGCUGUGGUGGUAGCCAUGGUUGAAGCCCUCAUUGGAUGUUGGCUUCAAGGUGUCGUGUAGCUUGGGAGAAGGCCAGUUGGAUCGAGGCAAGAGUUGAUAUCAAUUGGAAGCUCUUAAAGUGGAGCAGGGAACCGGUGCAGGGUGGUGCAGAACUGGAGGAUCACUUCCUGCCAUGACAUGCCAUCUCAUAGAGCUGGCACGAUCCUACAAAUGGCAUCCGCUGCACCGCACUGUAGACGGCAUGAUCUUUGGCUGAUGGUGUGGAUGAGAUGGCACAAGAGGAUGACGGCCUUGCCAACGGCAGCGCUGCUAGGGAAAUUUCACACAAACACUUUGUUCCUGCCCUAAGCUCUAUCAUCUUUUGCAGUAUGCUCUGCACCAUGUAAUAGAUACCCAAGGUUGUGGUGGAGGGAAAUUUGGCAGUAGAAGCGAUUCUGUUGGCUCUAAUACCAAAUGUUACGGUGGCAUAUCACACAUAUAUGCGAGCUAGUUGAGUCAGGUUAUAUGAAUUUUUGUUUCUCUGUUUUA